GGGCUAUACUGACGUAAUUGAAGACAUAUUUUCAAGCUCUAUUUAUUCUCCUAGAUUAAGUUUGAUUGUUAGUGAAGUUAUGGGCACAUCAUUUAAACAAAUUUCUGGUGGGGAGGCAACAACUUUGGGAAAUAUUAAUAUUCAUAUUAAGAAAAUUAUUGAACUUGCCCAAGAAUAUGCAGAGAAUUGUAGUGAUUUAGAUUUGGAUCGUAACAAGACUUCAUCCACUACCACAGAACUUCCGAGAGAUCGACCAGAUAUGGCAAUCUAUUAUAAGAACGUGCUUUUUAUGAUGGGCGAGGAGAAAGACCUUGAUACUAGAUUGAAAGAUGCAGAAAGACAAUUAGAUGGAUAUUUUGACUUUUGGAAUCCACUUGCCUUUGGUAGAUUGCCAUUUGUUAUGGCUUUUGUAGCAGCCGGUAUAAAAUUGCAAUUUUACUAUUAUUAUCCGAACAACAACAAUGUACCAGUACGUGUGAGAAUUGGUAACACUAUAAAUCUUGGAACUACAAAUCGAAUGAAUAACUUUAAGGCACUUCAAUAUACAAUCAAUGCUAUUCGGAUUAUUCGGACUUGGGAUCACAAGCAGUAUAUACAAC